AUGGUUCUCCCAUCAGAGUAUUGGAAGCCCCAUGAUCAGUUCUUUAGGGCAGCCAAUGGUCAAACCUUCAAAACCACUUUGAUCACAAGACAGAAGAUCGGAAUACAGUUCUUUCCUGAUUGCAUUGUAUGGACGCAUAUCAUUGGUUCGGAUCUUCCAAAUAAGGAUAUCCUGAUAGGUUUUGAUGUUUAUCAUCAAGCUCAAAAGCUCCAAAUUCUUCCAACUGGCAUAAAGUUCAAGAGACAGUUCCGGCCAUACACUAAAACUUCAAAUCUGUUUUCUGUGACAAAUACAAUUUCACCAUUCCUACCAUACACAAAAAAAUUCCUUCAGUUUUGUCCAGAAUCUCAUUCACAUUUUCAACACCCUCUUCCUCUGUGGAAAAAUCCACAAUUCUAUAUCAGCCUCCCCUUCAAACUUAAUGAAGACAUUAACCCUACUAAAGCCACACACAUGGGAAUGUCACCUACAGACCUAGCCCUUACCCGAUCAGAAUGCUUGACAUCACAUAAAGAAGGCCUAAUUGAACCCACUACUUCACAAUGGGCUUGCCAAGCCUUUUAUGUGGAAAAAAGGUCUGAAAGGAUUCGAGGAAAAAAGAGGCUUGUCAUAGACUACAAGCCCUUAAACCAUUUCCUUCAAGAUAACAAAUUUCCUCUUCCUCGGAUCUCAAAUCUCAAAGUCCAUAUCCAAAAGGCCCAAUACUAUUCCAAAUUUGACCUAAAGGCGGGCUUUUGGCAACUCGGUAUCCGUGAGAGAUACAAGACUGCAUUUUGUAUCCCUAAUGCCCAAUACCAGUGGACUGUUAUGCCCUUUGGGCUCAAGACGGCCCCAUCUCAAUUCCAGAAGACUAUGAAUGAGAUUUUUGGGCCUAUCCUUUACUCUUCUUUGAUCUACAUCGAUGACAUCCUACUAUUCUCAGAAACAGUAGAAGACCACCAUUAA